AUUACAAUUAUUGCUAUGUGGUUCUCGGUUAUUCGAAUUGAAAAUUUAUUUAUGGAUGGAGCAUCAACGAUCUAGUAUAAUCUGACUAGUAGGAAAUUUUACAAUUCUGACCAACUCAGUCUUUGAUGAGUGCGCUUUAAGUCUAUUCGAUAGUUCGCGAUCCUGAUAAAUGUUACGUUGAAAUAUUUAUAUUCCACUUAAAAAAAACACGUGAGUGCUUGCAUCAAAUAUUUUAAACAUAUUUAGAUUUUUUUUUUUAUUAUAUUUUUUUUUUAUCGUUUUUGACGCCGGAAUGGCGCCGAACUCGCCUUGUUUCAAUUAUCAUUUGGACAACCACUCAACAUUUUUACAACACCAGAAUACAUGCAGUCAACAAAUUCAUAACCCGUAUGUUUCGUGGUCGUCAUUUGUAUAUGAAAAUCAUUUGAAGUUGGUGAAAGAGAAAUUCGCCGCCGUCAAUAGUUAUUAUUUUAAAGAGAACUAUGUCGAGCCGGUCGACAACUUCUCUUCGAAAUUGGUUUCCGUUGAAACCGAUGGACAAUUUAAAUGGUUAAAAGAAAUACGUUCAAUCGCUUGUAUGCAAUUAGAAACAAUGCGAAAAACAAUGGUUCAACGAGCAAUACAUGAAAAAGUGGAGCUAUGGCAAAAGAAGAGAACAGAAAUGUUGCGAAAUAGAAAAUAUAAUAUAUCUUUCAAGCCCAAAUUUCAGCGUAAUGAAAUCUCAAUUAAAAAAGAAAAUUACAAAUUCAUUUUGGAACAAAUUCAGAAGCGCACUCAAAUCGAAAAUGCUUUUACAAUUAAUCCUCAGGAACGUUUCAAAGAAAUAUGCUUUAAUGCAUCCAUUAAAAGAUGUGUAUCAUUGUCUGAUAGAAUAACUUGUGAACUCGAGGAUAAACAAUUUGAUUCACAAAUUGACACUUACCAAUUGUUACAAUCUAGAAUAAAAAUUCUAAAAACUAUUAAUGUUAUCGAAGAAUCUACUUUGGUAGAAUCCUAUAGCUUGUUAAAUGAUCUCACAUUGUUAUAUAAUAAUGUGGUAAAAACAAAUGAAACAAAAUCUGAACCUUGUACUACUAAAAUUGACAAUAAAAGAAACCCAUUGAGAAAAUUUUCAGUAAAUAUUCCAGACAAGAGUGUUAUUAAAAAUGUCAAACGACAGUAUGUUGCUCUUGUUAAAAAUAACGAUGCAUUAAUAAAAAAUCUGGUUGUUAUAGAAAAUUUACCAUAUGCAACUGAUCCAGCAACAAAAUCACAACGACAGAACAUAGCUAAAGUUACUAAUACUAUUGUAAACACUAUAUCAUCUACAUCUGUAGCUCAUCUGACCGACAAAUAUAAUAAGUUAAAUGCAUUAUUAGGUGGUCGAUUUGUGUGUGUUGCAAAUACAAAUGUCAUGAUUGGUCAAAAUAAAGAUGCUCUAUCAUUUUGUAUGAAUAUUUUAGCGAAAAAAUUCUUAAAUCAAGCUGAGGAAGUUGUAAGUGUAAAAACUCAAGCUGCUUUUGACAUGGCAAAUAUUGCUGUUAAACUUUGGGUAAACUAUCCAGAUUUUGGUAAAAUUCUCUAUUCGGAAAUCAAACGAAAAUGUCCUAUAUUAGUACCUUUUUGUUGUCGUGCAGUGAAAAAUGUUAGUGAACAACAAGACUAUCAAUUGCUUGGUUACAAAAUUGACUCUGCUGGCAACAUUGAAAACCAAGAUAAAUAUUUAAAGCGUAUGAUAGGUAUUGUACGGUUUUAUGCAGCUUUAAUAAUCACUUCUUUUAAAAGCAACCAAAUAGUUUUAGGUCUUGCACAUGCAUGGACUCUGGUAGCAGGUAUAUUAAAUAAAAAUCCAUUAGUUGAUAUUACAGCUACUAUAUUAGUUGAGUUUCUACAAAUUGCCGGAUUCGCUAUGCACAAAAUUUAUGGCAUUCAAUUUAUAAAAUUGUUGAAGUAUAUAAAGAAUGAGUACAAAAAAAAAAUUCAACUAAUUACUCCUAAAGGCUGUGGAGGACCCAUUACUCGUUUAAAUAAUCUUGUAUCAAAAUUUCUGGAAUCUGGUUUCAUUUCAGAACCAAAAGGCAUCCUAUCUACUGAUUUUCAUUAAGUUGGUAUCAUGUAUUAUAAUUAGGUUGAUACUUAUUAUUUUUUAUUCAAAAUAAAAAUAAAAACUGAUUAAUUUUUUAAAAAUAUUUAUUUGUAAAUUAUUAGUUCUAAAUUAAAUAUAGUUGUAUAGAAAAACUUAUUUAUUGAGCAUUAUUAAGCUUAUUUGAUAUAGCGCUAGUUUAUUUAUAUUUCUAAUUUUAACUAAAUUUUAUGUUGUGUUAGAUAUUUUUAUUUUAAAAAUUAUUUAUUGAUUUGUUUAUGAUUUAUUCAUUAAUUUAUUGAACUGUUGUGAAUUUAUUAUUUAUUGUCUAAUAGUUAAUGUGUGAUUAUGGUAUAAUAAUAAUUUUUAUACAAACACAUUACAUUUUUUUUAUGAUAACUUUAAAUUUAUUUAUAUUCUUACACUUAAUUGUAUUUAAGUUGACUAUGUUCAUUUAAUUGUG